AAGGCUUUUUGAAAACCAAAUCUUCUCUCUCUCUGUAAAACACAUUUCUUCUUAAAUUAUUUUCAUAUUGCAUAUUUUUCCAAUUCUAAUUUUUGUUUUGAAAGUAUGGUAAAUACUGGUAAAAUGUACCAACAAUGACAUUGGAAAAUUUUGAUAUACCAUUGAAAUAACAGGUAGCCCAUCUGAAUUAUAUAACAAUUAGGCUAUCCAACUCAUAGUAGCCUACCAAAAUGUUAUUAUCAGUAGACGUGAAAUCUUAUUGUAGUCUUCAAAUCUGGGUACUGUCUUAUGUUUUAAAAUCACUUACAGAGGAAGUUUGGUCCCAUCAGGCUAACAUACAGUCACGAUCAUGCUGCUGUAAGCUUUUCUUUUUCAUUUGUUUUCAUUCGCGAUCUUUACAACACGCAUUACAUUACAUAUUUCAUGGCACACUCGUUUUAUGCGUUUUUGGCGCCACCUAUUGUUGUGGGUGUAUUACUGACAUGUCAAAGUCUAGACCCUGAAUAUAAGACGAACACGUUUUUUCAGAUGUAUUUCCAAGGAAAAAACAUCGUCUUAUAUUCGGGUCAAUACGGUAUUUCACAUUAGAAGAGCUUAGUGAAAUACAGAGCUUCCCUUUUAAAUUCUCGGAUAAAACAAAUUGUCCUCAGAAAAUUCUUUCAACUUUUCAAAAGAGUGGAACUGUAGGUGGUAACGACCACGAAAAUUGGAGUCUUGUGCGUUUCCUUACCCUCAUCAUCGGCCACCGUGUUCCAGAAGGUGAUCAAACAUGAGAAGUAAUCCUUGAGCUGAAAGACUUGGUUGAGCUCUUAGCAACUCCAUAUCACACUGAAGACUCACUGUGUUAUUUGCAGUCCAAAAUAUCGGAUCAUAGACAGUUACUACUGACAGUUUUCCCGGAUUACAAAUUGCGCCCCAAACAUCACUUUAUUGAACAUUAUCCUUGCCUUAUUCAAAGAUUUGGACCCUUAAUAAAGUGUUGGACAAUCAGGUUUGAGGCUAAGCAUUCUUUCUUUAAGAAGGUAGUGCGUGAUGCCAAUAACUUUAAAACAUUCUGCUUACCCUUGCCUCAAGACACCAACUUAUGCUUGCAUAUUAUCUUGAAAUGCCCAGCAUUUUCAAGCCUGAGAUUGAGACAGCAAAAGUGACAGAUGUGUGCCUGGGAGUCUUAGAUGGUGGUCUUAGACUAGCAAUCUUGAAUAGAUUCAGUGAUGUUGACACAGUUGGACUGACCCCUAAUGUCUUUUUAAAUGGAACGCAGUAUUCAAAGGGAAUGAUACUUUCUGUUGGAAGUACAAGUGGACUACCCAACUUCAGAAGGAUUUUGGAAAUAUGCAUUGUGCUGGAUGGUCAUGUUUGUUUCUUCGUUGAACCUUUUUCGACUUACUAUGUGGAGCAUUUGAGGAGUUACCAUCUUGUGAAGAAAAGUCCUGCUGAGUGUCUCUUGGUGAAACCAGAGGAUCUCAAUGACUACAUGCCACUUGUGUCAUACCUUGUCCAGGGUCGCCUGUUAACCACUCCUAGAACAUUCUUUCUGAAUUAAGGCUGCUGCCGAAGUGAUCCACGAUGCUGCUGCGAGUUGUCCUCUCUGAGAUGGAUAUCAGGUGCCUUUCCAUCGAAAUCACCCCCCCUAGUGUUGAUGCACUGUGCCAGGUGUUGCGUGCAAACCUUGGCCUGAGAGGUGGAUUUAUUUUACAAUUUGAGGACCCUGCGUUCAAGGAUUAGCUGACCAAUUUGACCGACAUCCGAGACCUUCCUGAGGAGAGAGCAACAUUGAAAGUGUUGUUCACAGCUGAUGCAGCUUGCUCGGAUUCCACAUUGGAUACAGCCAGCCUUCCAUCUCUCAGUAGUGGGGAAUCUGACUCCCAGCACUGGCCUGAGCCCUUCCCGAUUCCAGAGUUCUCACAUGAUGUUGAACUCACGCUGCAAGAAGCAAAUGGAAGAUAUGCAAAAGAUGGAUCUGUGCUGGUGAUUACUAAAAGGUAUGACAACUGAUAUCCUGGACACACUUGCAGACAGCAUGUCAAAGAUUAGUCCUUAUCCUGAGAGGCAACAUUAUGAGAAUGUUGCCAAAGCGCUUGUGGAGAAGCAUCUCAGUCUAAAAUAGCCAGGGUCUGGAAAGGGUUGGUACGGCUGGUUCCACAGCCUGAAGUUUAAGCUCGGAAACUAUCGACAGAAGUUAAGUGCAGCUGGAUGCCCAGAGGUGAGGGUCAACAAAAGAAAAGGAGAAGAAGCCAAGGGACCACGUAUGAAGAAGUCAAAGAAGGGCGAGGUCCACUACUGUCCAGAUCCCCCUGAAGGACUAAGUGAUGAAGACAUGGAAGAAAAGCGGAGGAUGAUGGAGGUGGAAGAAGUGCUCAAAAAAGACCCAGAUCACCAGCAGAUAGAUGAGCUGAUGUCUGCCACGUUCUCCAAGCGCAGAAAGGAGAUCGUAGGGGAUCAACCUCUCAUUGGGGAUGUCAUAGCUAGAUGGCCGGCCAUGUUCUGUGAGAGACAGCUUCGGGCAGAGUUCAAAAGAGUCGUAAGCAUAGACCUUCUCGAGUCGUUCCUCGAUGGACUUGAUGACCUGGCACCACGACUGCUGGAAGUGUACGAAGCUGCGACCAAGUCGGCAAAGAAUCCUGCACUGAAAGCCAUUUUGGACUGUCUGAAGAAAGAUGACACAAACGAAAGGAGAAGGAUUGCUGCUCUGCUGGGUCUGCCACACUAUCUAAGAGAAGAGCCAUCAGACAUCAUCAGGAUGUGUGACGCCCAUGGUGAGACUCUGGCUGCAGCCAUGGAGGGGAUGCAACUUGGCCUGUUGAUAGGCUAUGAAGGUGACAACCAGGAUGCCUUUCCACGUGAGGUCUUCAAUGUGGCAGUUGUGGUUGAGGAGACUGUUGUGCUUCACAACUUCAAGGAUGUGCCAUCCAGCUUUGCCAUGCUUUUGGGGAUCAUCUACUGCGUUAACCUUGAGUAUCUACGAGCCAUGAAGUAUUCCUUUGAGUUCCUUCAGAGGGUAGUGAUGAAGAUCAAACCAGAUCAAGCCUCUGCCAGAGUCCACGGCAUCCGAAACAAGCUCCUGAGAUAUAAUUUGUAAACCAUGCCCCACCCGAGAAUAGGAUUGGAAUUCAUUUUUUUCAUUUGUUUCUAUUGACAUGCAUACCAAAGUUGAAGGCAAAAGCACUUAAGCAAACAGGAGAGGAGCCCUGAUUUUUUUGUUGGACUUGAUACAUUUACUUUUGUUGGAGUGAAAACAUUUAAUGCUGAAUAUUGUUCAAAUAAUGGGGUCAAAGUAUACUGUAUUCAAGUUUCAAAUAUUUGAAAACAACCAGCUGCAGUCUGAAGUUUUAGAUUUGUUUGUGUUUGGGGUUCAGCACAGCUUUUGGUAUAAGUUAGCUGGAUCUGUGAGAUUAAUGUUAAAAGGUUUUUUUAAAUGUUUACAUUUAAAACCUGUUCAAUAUUUCAGUGUUGUAAGGAAAAAAACUAAUGCUUUUAAAGGAAUGUAUUUCCUAUUGGGUGAAUAUGAAUAGUGUUCAGUACAGCUUUGGGUGACCUAAUGGGCAUAUGACAAGCAGAGGGGUGUGCAAGUGCAUAUAAAAGGUGAGAUGUUUCCUGCAGUAAUCAUCAGUCAACUUAACCUCAUUAGGUCACACACCAAUAACAAUGAUAAACAACUUAGAUGACAGGCUGUGAAUUUUUUUUUUUUUUUUUGGAGGUGCUGAAUAUAGAUAUCUAUACUGCUGUAUGUGUCUAUUGGUCUAUCUAGCCUACAUUCAGCAUGACCAACUUCUUGGUUGACAACAGGCACUGCAGACAACUGCAGGAAACACUUCCCAUCAUCCACCUUCUAUACACACACUGAGAAAUACUUGUGGAGUCUGCUUGGGAUACCCCCUCAUAGUGUAAGCUCACACAUAGGGAUGCAAAGAUUAUAGAUUUUGUUGGUACGAUUAUAGUCUGAGGAAUAAUCACGGUUACACGAUUAUUACGAUUAUUAUGCAUGUAUUCAUUUCACAACAUGAAAUCACAUAAACACUCUUUAGAUAUUAAAGUGUUAUUGAUUGCUGCCUUUUGAAACAGAAAUAACACAGUAAACAAUAAUACAGCACAAAAAAAAGUACAUCUCUCCUAUUGGAAUUAAAAAACGUGACCUCUGCUCUGUAAACAUCCAUGUCAGUAUUUCCCUUUUGAAAAUAACGAAUGGAAGUAGAUCACAAAUGUAUUUGGUGUUUUCAUUUUGUAUAUUCUUUCUACAUUUCUUUUGGACCUGAGGUACAGAACUUGGAAAGAUGGUGAAAAAUAAAUUGACUUAUGAAUAAUACUAUAACAGGGAUGACUAAUAUUAACUUUAUCCCACAGAGGGCACUGUUACUAAUGAGGGGAAUAAACUAAACUAUUAUUGUAAUCAACUGUCAUCCAUACUUAUUCAUUUUAAUAAUAUUUAUUCAUCUGAUUUUACAUAUGGCCUGAGAAAAUGUCUAUUAUUUUGGUUUGUGAGAUCGAGAUGCCCACACAAACAUUUAGGAGGACAGAAACGUGUUGUCAACGCUGCCCAGCGACUUUCAUUAAUAAAAUAGCUUAUAGAGACUGGAUCGCUUCAUUAUAUUAAUCAGCAAAGAGGGGGUAAAAUGACUGUUUAAAUAACUAAACUCAAAUCUUCAUUGUUUAAAGUGACGCGCAGAUGCAGGUAGGCUAAUUCACACACUCUCUCACCGCACUAUUUCAUCUCUGAAGCGGGCAGAAUGUUAGAGAUAACGAACUUCGCGUCAGGUGGUCCUUGCCUUCACGUCGUGCAUUAAAAUCGUUUAUUGCACAGGAGAACAGGUUGGCUAGCCGUGCAUUGUCCCUUAUGUAUUCACUCUUUAGCAAAUUUUACGCCACUAUUUAAAUAACGCCCUGGUCAUUCUUGAUGUACCUGAAAUGGUCCCACACUAUCGACUUCAGUCAUUUCUCUGGUGGAAAUAAAGGAUCGCUGUUUGGUUCCUCUGUCAUAGUUAAUCUAGUAGCCUCCGUGUCUCUGAUAAGCACGGCAUUUUAAGAUGGUGCACCGCUAGUGUAACUUUGUUUUCGUUUUGCUCUUGUUUCAACAGUUCCAUUCCGUGCAACAGAAACACUCGGUGUAGCGGUUAAUCGUAAAACUGGUUAAUAGCUGCAUCCCUACUCACACACAACCCUUCUAUUUAUCUUAGCCUCAUUAUGUGACCCACACCCAACUGAAGUUUGGUAUUGAUUACAAGUUUGAGAUGAUUUCAUGAUUGAAGUGUUUAUGUAUAGCUUGUAUUGGCUUAACAUUGGUUUUAAUAAAAAAGUUUUGUACUCAAA